AUGUCUAACGUCUAUGAAGCAAUCAAACUGCUUGAUUCAAAAGAGGAAAAAACUGCACUACGAGCCCUCUUCACUAAAGAUCCAGAAAUAGAAGCUAGAGCGGGACGCGUCCUUCCUACAUGUGAGGAUAAUGGAGAGAUAGUUGCUUAUUUCAAAGAACUCUUAAAGCCUGAAGCACCCGUUGCAACCGGUAAGAUGAAUCGUAAUAAGUUUUUAAUGCGAAAGUUAGGAAAAAAAAUCAAUGAUGCUUUUCCUGAAGGGUUGCCAUAUGUGAAACCAGAACCUUUGCUUUACACUUCUGGUGCUAAUUGGGAAUAUCAACCUCAUCCAUCUUUGAAACACAUUUUGCGAAGGGAGCUUAAAAAUCAUUACACAAAUUUUCUUUCAGGGUGUUUUGACAAAAUGAUGUUUCCAUUAUACCUCUUCCUUUCUGGAGCUGGCACCGGAAAAUCUCGAAACGCUAAUGAAUUUCAUCAGACGGCAAUCACUUGUUUGUCAGAGCCAGAAGAUAUGGAGCUGUUGACCAAGAUCAAAGAAGCUUGGGUAUUCCAUGUCAGCUAUGAAAAUGGCACCACCUUACGAUCGGAAGAAUCCUCCCCUUAUCUUGCCAUUGGUACUCGAAUGCUACUUCAACUUCUUGGAGAGAAAAUGGGGCUUUAUAAAAUUAUCCAAACAUACGAGCCAGCAGAUCCGGAGGAUGUUAUGACAUUGGUUGCCAAAUAUCAUAACCGAGACUUAAAAGACAUUACGGUUAUUUUGGUUGUUGACGGCAUGCAACAGCUUAUGGACAACAAAGAUGAUGGUUUAAAGUCAGAGUCUCAGUUUUACCAGACUCUGUCAAGCAUUGCAGACUUUGCAUUUAAGGGCAUUUUUGUGAUACCCGUUUGUACUUCAACAAUAACUGGCCCUGUUGAGGGUACAUUGAAAUACUCGCAUCGCAAACGUGUAUACCUACCUGUCGCUUCUCUGGAACCGCCAAACUAUCGCCAAGACCAUAGGUUGGUUCCGGUCUUUAAAGAUGAUGAGAUUACUAAGACUCUUGUGGAAGACUGUGGAGGGCAUGGAAGGGCUCUGGAAGCACUGAAAGAUUGCUUGGCCGGUCGUAAUAUUGAAGAAUGUAACCUCAAUACUUUGAUGAACGAUCUGCGUCUUAAGCUUACUGAAAGAUAUCGUGAUGCUAUUUUUGGUUCCGUGGACGACGCCAGGCCCAUUGCACGAGCAAUAUUAACUCGACGUCUCUUAAGUUUAUAUAAAAAUGUUCCUAAAACCAACAAAACACCAGACCAAUUUGCUGGGAGUGGAUUGAUUCGAUUCGAACAAAUAAAUUCAGAUAGUCCACAGGGAUACCUCACUGCACCGUACGUCUGGCUCUGGAUAUUUGUAGAGGUAUCUAAUAACCAAGCAGAUCCAAUACUUCGAGAUUGGCAAUUUGCUGAUUAUGGAGAACAAAGAGCGCUUAUUGAUCCUGUGUCGUCAUUGCAAGCAAAGUCAUGGCAGAGUUUUGAAAAAUUUGUCGCAUCAUUUCGUUGUUUAAAGUCAGCUGUGAUUGAAGAAGAUGAGCUAACAACGAUCUCGGAGGUUCACGCGGGAGCACGUUUGAAUGGCGACAUCCAAUUUAAAAAUCACAAUCUGCAACUUGAGAUUGCUAGAAACCAAACAGAUACAAAAUCUGAAAAUCUCACUGCAAGAGAAUGGAAUGUUGAUUGCUAUCAUUCUACUGUUGAUGUCCGGAGAUUUAAACAUUGUAUUAUUAACGCUCCAUCUUCGCCAUCCGGGGAUGCCUUCCUUUCAUUAGAUCAGCCGGGUACCGAGAGUCCAAACGAAAUUCACCAAUACAAACAGAGACAAAAACCGAUCAGUCAAGUGGCAUAUGAAAAAGAACAUAAAAAAUCUGCAUCGGAAAAUGAUUUUUUCAUCCUCUUUACGACUGCAGAAAAUUGCUAUAUCGAACUUCCGAAACGCUCUGGGAUUGUAGAUGGAAAAGUUUUUAGGGACUAUUUUGGACCAUUUGCUGGCAGAGCAUAUAAGUCCAUUAUGGCCAAGUUCGCACCCCCUAUCUGUCAUAAAGUCAAGAAUAUCCAUACCACUUCUCACAGGAAACUUUGCAGAGUGAAUCAAAUUAACAAAGAACGAGCAAAAACGAUCAUAUUGAUAAGACCAUUUGAAAAUAUCGUGGUCGCAAAUGAGAAUUCUGAUGUCAAGGCCAAGAAUACAAAAUUAAAACAAGAUAAAGAAGAAAUCGAGGCCAGGUUUGUAAAACUAGAGCAAAGCGACAAAGAAAAUGAUCUUAGAGCUGAAAUAGCAAAAUUAAGGUAUGACAUCGAGGAAAUCAAACUACAAACCCGAGUUAAUACUAACGAAUGGGAUAUGCCUUCUUUUGCAGAGCAAAGCCACUUACGUGGCACAGAAGAUAUUUCACACUCAUCAACCAGUUCACCAUUACCAGUAACCUCCCCAUCGCCUAUUCAGAAUAGCUCCAAACUGAUAGCAAAUACAACUGCUGUCAUAUCUAAGAUCGAACCUAUAUCAUUGGAAGAUAAGGUGAUCAAUGAAUUCCUGGAUGAGAAUCAUUCAAAUUCCAAUCAUCAACAAAAACUAACCUCUAUUACUAUGUCUGAUAUUCAUGUUCAGUCUAUGUCCAACUCAUCACCUUCCUUAUAUAACUCUAUGCACAACCCAAAUGCACAAAAUAAUAUGGAUGUUGACCAAUACAACCAACAAAACCAGUCUCAUGAUUCUCAGUUAACCUUACCUUCCAGUAACACUAUCAAUAAUUCUGCAAGUCCUACAGAAUCCCUAACUUCUCCAUCUAACAAUUAUCUGUCAGAAUCUGACCCUAAUACUAAUACUGAUAUCAAUAUGACAGAUAGUUCCAACAUAGUUACUAAUAUUGAUGAUACUGAAGGAACCCAAGAUUGGACACCAGUUUCACACAAAAAAUUACGCACCUCUUCUCCCUCAACAAAUAAACCCUACACUCGAGCCUCUUCCUCAUCCAAAAAAUAA